AUGGAUUCUUCUUCGGACGUGGGCUCAGUGCGCUCGACCACCCGCUUCGGCCUUUCCAAAGUCUUCGCUGGCCGUCGCCAUCGCAAGAGCGACUCUCUCACCGCGCCACCGUUGGUGCCUGGCAUUGAAGACGACGCUGGUGGCUUGCGCUCUUCGAUCGACGAGGCGCUGGGGAAGCUGAGAGACAAGGCGAGAAGCUCGAGCGACAGCCGGCGAGACAGCAUUGACUCGCCCAAUCGCCUGUCGAGCCUUCUGCGGAGGGCACGGCGGCACGAUGAAGAGGCAGAGGCCGCCAACAGCCUGGAGUACGAGCUCAGCCACCACGGGAGCGAGGAGUCGUUGAACCUGGCACUGCACAAGAGCGUCGCCAGCAGCCUCCUGACAGAGGACGAGUCAGAAGAACCGCCCGUCAGACCCUCGCUUUCCCCACACCAAUCUCACGCUGGCUACCUUACCCUCUCCUCCCCUCUGAUUGCCUCCGAGGCUGUCGACUCAACCUCCUCCUCCCUCCCCACCAUCUCCGACACCGAACAAUCCAUUGACGACACGCUGGCGCCAAAGCACGCGAGCACCCUUGCCGAACCCCAACCAUCAAAGAGGCGCGGUUCAUCCCCAGCAAGAAAGCUCAAAGACACGUUCGGAACCGCCAAGAAGCCUUCCACAUCCAAGUCUGCCACCGAGCACACCAAGUCCGCCAGCACCGGCAGCGGAGGAGGACUCGGCUCGUUAUUCUCCACCGGCAAGAGGUCGCGUGGCAGCUCCAAGGUUGACCUUGUAGAAGAGGCGCCGCUCGAAUCUGGAGAAGGGCCGCAGGCUUCGUUGAAGCGGACCGAAGCUCCGGACCAUAUCGAUACCGGCAGAAAACCACCAACGGCCCCGGAGCUAGGUCAUGGUCCGACCACGAUCCUAACGCCCCCUACACCCACCGACGCCAACCCAAACUAUUUCGCUAGACCUGCUACCGCCGCUUCUGCUUCAAAAGCAGACCACAAGCCAUCCCCAUCCGAUCCCAAGGUCAUCCUUGCCCCCUCUGGGAACAUCGUCUCACGCCGUGCGCGCUCAUCGACCAAUCCGCCCAGCAGGCUCUCGAACUCGAUAUUAGCCCCCCUGACCCCGACCGUCGAAGAGACCAAGACCCCCGGUGGCACCCUCACAUCACCAACAACCGGCUUCUUCUCAUCGGUAUUCUCUGCCGCCCAAAACGCCGCUACUCAUCUGGGCAGUACAAUCACCUAUCCCAGUCAACGGAACCGAAGCGUAACCGCGCCUGAGAUUGGUACCGAAAAUACUGGUGCAGCGGGUGGAGAAGAGGUUAUUGGCGGUGCUUCCGAUACGUCUGAGCCCGAACAACCUGGCUCUCCUGAGAAGAAGCUUGCGAUCGAAACACUUGGUUCGGGAGAUUUGAGUCUGAGCCAACUUGGGAUUGCAGAGACUGGAUCUGAGAAUAAAGAUAUGGCAUCCAAUGCAGAGAUGGUGGGGUCGCGGCCUCUUACGCCGAUUAUAAGCUACGCAGAUGAAGCUUCGGCAAGAGCGGAGGAUAGCGCUGCGGCGAAGGCUGUUUCUGACGCUUACCUCCGUGGACCCGCAGAGGGUGCAUUGAACGGCGAGCGUUCAAGAUCAUUGUCAGCAGUGUCGGACUCGCAGGCACAGCCAGGGCCAUCGGGCGACCUACCUGAGACUCGGGUCAAGCGUAGCGGUAGCAUGCGGAGCCGUCUGAGCGGUGGUCGCACACGCAGACAUCGUGGGAGCUCCGCAACCACCGGCACAGGCGUGGGUCCUCCAUUGAGCCAUAGCACGACGACUUUGACCGCUGGACGGACCGCAACGGGCUUCGCCGUGGCAAGCGCUAAGCGAAACAGGGACUUUCAUCAGCAGUUCCGGAGCGUGCCAGAGGACGACUAUCUCAUUGACGAUUACAGCGCUGCGCUUCAACGUGACAUUUUGCUGCACGGCAGGCUCUAUGUCUCCGAAGGUCAUAUCUGCUUCUCCAGCAACAUUCUGGGAUGGGUGACCAACCUUGUCAUUAGUUUCGACGAGGUCGUCACGAUUGAAAAGAAGAGCACAGCAGUCAUCUUUCCAAACGCUAUCGUCAUUCAGACUCUACAUGCUCGCAAUGUCUUUGCAAGUCUUGUGAGCAGAGACAACACCUAUGAUCUCCUGAUUGGGAUCUGGAAAAUCAGCCAUCCGAACCUUAAGAGUUCUCUCAACGGCAUUAUACUCGAUCCUGGCGCAGGAAACGGAGACAAGACCGAGAAGGGAGAAGCGCCUGAAGUCAUCGAAGAUGGCUCAGAAGAAGGUUCGGAGGACGAAGUCUACGACGAAGAUGACGAUGAGGAGGCCGCUGCAAGCUUCGAGGAACCUGGCGAGGGCAGCGUUGCUGGCAGUGAGGUCAAUGCCGAGACACAAGGUGGCAAAUCUGUUAGCCGCAAACCUUCUGCCGUCACAGUGGGCCAGCCCGCCAACGGUGGUCCUGUCAAGGAUGCUGGUGCCGCCGAGGCCCCCGCACCAGGAGCUCCCGAUGCUCAAGACUUUCCCGGCCCAGCAUCUCAUGGAGAGACUCAGUGCGGCGAUGAUGGAGACCACUUCCCUAUCGUUCUUAUGGAUACUACCAUUCCUGCUCCGCUAGGCAAGGUUUACUCUAUGAUGUUUGGACCGCAAUCCGGCACAUGGAUGCGGAAAUGGUUGAUUGACGAUCAGAAGUCACAAGACUUGCAGAUGGAAGACGACAAGCAAGGACUUGGCGAGAGCAAGAAGCAGUUCAAUUACUCGUUCAUCAAGCCUCUGAACGCUCCCAUCGGCCCGAAACAAACCAAAUGUAUCGUUACGCAGACGUUGGAUCAGUUCGACUUGGAGAAGGCUGUUACCGUUACUUGCUCGACACAGAACCCGGAUGUGCCGAGCGGUAACAUCUUCUUGGUGAAGACAAAGUAUUGCCUUAUGUGGGGCCCCGGCAACUCGACUCGCAUGGUUAUGAACUGCACCAUCGAGUGGUCGGGUAAGAGUUGGUUAAAGGGUCCCAUCGAAAAGGGUACAAACGAGGGUCAGUUGGCAUAUGCGAAAGACCUAGUCGCCGCAUUGCGCGGGGCCGUUUCCCAGAAAGCGGGUCCAUCAGGUGGCAAACCUGGCAAGAAGGGCAAGAAGGGCCGCAAGAAGGCGGAAUCCGAAUCACCCAAUGGAGCCUCGACACCUGCCGCGGCAGCACCAGCAGAGGCGAAGGCGGCCGAUUGGGGCCUGCUGGAGCCGCUGCAUGGUAUUCUUGGCCCAAUUACAGACAUGCUACCCGGAUUUAUCAACGCACAGCUCGUCAUCGUGGUGUUGGUCCUGAUGGUACUUAUUAUGAGUUUCCGGUCACCGAGCAAGGCCAAGACACCUUACGGCGGGCUGGGAGUACCGGGUCUGGCGACGCCGCAGCGCGUCAUUGCGUACGAGGAGAUGUGGCGACGCGAGGAGAGCGAGUUGUGGGAUUGGCUGGAGGAGCGGGUGCGCAUGGAUCGCACCUCGGGCAUGGGUAUGCCUGCCGCGCCGACGGUGCGCAAGCAGGACGUUCGUCGUAUGGGCGAGAAGCUCGGCGACGAGCGCAUGUCGCAGCGCCAGAUGGAGGAUGCAAUCCGCGUCACCCAGGAAAGGCUCGAGGUGCUGAAACAGGCUGUCGAGCGCAAGGGACCAAUGAAGGGUGACAGGAUGCAGAGUACUCCGGAGGGAGAGGAGCUGCAGCAACCGCUGGCGGAAGAGAACACUGCAGACGCCGCCGCUGCGACGGAAAGCGUCAAGGAAGUAUAA